AUGGAUUCAGCAUGGCCACAGCCUUCUUUUGUCAACACCAAAUUCAAUGACGUCUUUCAGUUUGCCGAGAUAUUCGAAAAGCAUUGCGCUCAGGUCUAUAGCCAUGCGACUCAAUGCCCUGAAGAGACUGUCCGCUCGGAGUACAUGAUCGAUCUGGUGUCGCAGGCCUAUAGGGCAGUGCGCAGCCUACACCUGCACCAAAUGGGUCGGCAGCAUCUGGAUACGAAUACAGCCAUUGCGGCGCUGAAGAGCCGCUCGACGCAGCAGAGGAGAGUCAAGAAGACGCGGACGUUGAACCUGCAGCCCACUCUCACCACCGAGGAGAGCAAGUGCCGGGAGAGAGAGCUGAAAAGAGACAUUGAUGAUCUGUUCACCGCUGGUCCUGAUGACGAGAACGAAGAUCCCGACUGGUGCGCCUCUUCAGAGGAAGAGGAGACGGAAGACGAAUACUAUGAAUAUCAUGAAGAAUCUGAAAGUGACAACGAGCACACCAGCCUUACGCAUCGAAUGCAUCGUGUGCGGACAAUCCACGAGCUUCCAGAGGACGACGUACCAGAACUCAGUCGAUCACCACCGAUAGAGCUCGCAAUAACUCAACCCGACAAAGACCCCAAUGAGGCCUCGACCAUGACCCCGCCAGUGAUGUUGACCGAGGAACAAAUUGCCAAUGAUCGUAUUACAGCGGCUUUGCAGCGUAUCUCUGAGAAAUUUGAAGAUGCUGAAUCGGUACCGCUGACGCGUGUGUCGGCUCGUGUGAAUAGACCGCUACAGCCCACACCCCCUUCGACGGACGACUCCAACAGCGAGGCAACUACGAUCCGACCAGAAUCAGGUUCAGAGCCUCUUUCAUUGCUGCAUACAGCAACAGAUGAUGUCUCCCCUUCAUUAAGAUUGACCACCCGUGCUGCGCAUGGCGAAGUGCCGACAGAACAGCAAACCAGCAGCGAAGAUGCGCAUCUGGGGACUGCUAGGCCAGGACGUCUUACCAGACGUGCAUCAGUCACUGUGCUUCCUCGACGGAUCAAGACUGUUUGUCAUCGAUAUGUUCGUAGGGCAAUGUUGCCUCUAAGAGGAAAAACCCAAUGA